AUGGAUACAAUUUUAUUCAACAAAGUCAAGACAACGUGCAAUAAUUCAGAAUCUGAAAAUUCGGAUGAAUCGUUUGAUCCUUUUGAUACAGAAAGUUUGGCCAACCCCAUUAAAUCAUCCACCAAUACUAGAACAUCAGAUGUUCAUAAGGAAAAAGUUUUAGAGAUAUUUUCAAAUCGUGUAAAUUUAUAUGCUAAUUUGAAUAAUAUUAAAAAUGGACAAGAUAUUUUAGAUUAUAUUCCUGGGUUGUAUCUAUUGUUAGAUCUAAAAAAUGAUGAAGGACCAAAUGGACUCGUUAACAAAAUAAUCAUAUCAAAGGAAUCAUUAGAAAGGCUUUGUAAUGAAUUAGUUCCCAAGAGCUUUAAAUCUAUUUCAAAUAUUAAUUAUAAUAAAUUGAACAGUGUCUCAUUCAAUCUUGUUGGCUGCUAUGGGAACUAUGAAUUGAUUGCAAAGCUGUUAUUAAAUAAAAAAAUUAUUAACCAAAAAGUGUAUGAUCUGCUUGUAUCCUCAAAUAAAAUUGGGAGUCCCUCUCUUCGUUCAGGAAUCUAUUUGCUGAUUGUGAAUAUUAAUUUAGGUUUAGUAAUCCAUUGGCCUGAGCCUGGUUGUUAUGAAGACAAUGCAACUGAUCAGCUGAAAAAAAAUAUGGUCAACUUUCACAGGUACCUUACAAAACUGACUGAUCACCAAAUAUGUUUAAUGAGCAACAGUGAUUUAAAAUCUUUUGAAUGGGAAAUAAGAAAUGACAGGGACAAUGACAUCAAAGAAUAUCAAGAAGAAAAAGAGAAUUUCCAGUUACAUGAAGGUUUUAAGGUCCAACUACCAAAUUACAUUCAAUCAGACCUUAAGACCACUCAUCAUAAUGAAAUUUCUAUGCAACCUACUGUUGUUGAAUCUGCAUCACAUCAGACAUUUAUCACUCAAAAGGUUAUCAAGACAUCCCCAACAAUACAAAGAUAUUCAGAAACUUAUUCAAAAAAUCAUAAUAGAAAUUCAUUUAAAGAGCUUAUCAAAGGAUAUUCCCUCAAGAUUGAAGAAAAUUCCAUGGACAUGUCAUUAUUAAAAAAGUUUAUUGAAUUUUGCUUAGAUAGUGAAAAGGCGCAAUUGUCAUCUUAUGAAGAAUGCAGAAAUCAUUACAAACUUAGCAUGGAUGAAAUUAAAAGAAACUUACAGGAAUCUAUUGUAAUAAAAUCAAAAACCUGGAAAUUUUGGAAAAAGAAAUUUCAAUUUUGUUUACUUAUAAAUAUGGAAAUAUUUACUAAGAAACAAAACAACAAUUCUGAUUUAAAAAACAAUACUAAUUCCAAAGACAACCUUGAGCCAAAAGAUAAUCCUGGCUCAAAUAAAGUGGAAAGUUAUGUUUCUGAAAUUUUUUACAAUAUGCUUGCUGAUGAUGAAACAGACUUUACUAUAUUAGCAAAGAAACAUGCAGAAAAAUCCCAAAGAAUUUUAACAUCUUCUUUUUCAUUCAUUACUGCUGGACCAAGUCCUGAGCCUUAUGUUAUUGAACCUCAUGUUAUUGAACAGAAUAUUCAAAAAGCUGAACAAGUGGCAAAUCAAAUAUCUGACUCUGAAUUUGUUAAUGAACUAUAUAAUUCUGAAUUAUUUAAUAUUUCACAAGAAAAGAGGAAUGGAAUUGUUAAUUCUUUUCUUAAUGAAUUUAAAAAAUGGAGGAAAGACUUUUCUGAGAAUAUCAAAAAUAUAAUGCCAAAAUAUACAAACAUCAUCAAAAUACAAUAUGAAGAAAAAUUAAACAAGAAAUUAUCACAAAGAAUUAAAGCAAUAGAAAACUAUGAACUCACAAGGGUUUGCCAAUUGCUUGAAGAAAAAUUUUCAAAUGGACCAACCUUUAAAAUUAUAGAAGCUAAAGAAACAAUAUUUUAUAAGGAUUUAAAACUUACUUAUGAAAUUGAAUCAUCACAACCUGAUCAACUGAAGGUUACAUUAUAUGAAACAGGCUUGGAUGAAUCUGAAAAUUUAGAUCUCCAAAAAAAUAAGCUAUAUGUUCCAAAACUUCAUCUUGACAGCAAUAAGAAUUCACAUACUUCCUUUGAAAUAAAUCUAGAAAUAUAUGAACUUAGAAAAAUAUCUCAAUUUGAAAAUGGAAAGUUCCUAGUAAUACUUCAGAAUAAAAAAUUAAAUCAAAUAGAAUUUUUUUUUGAAAAUUCUAAUCACUUAAAAUCAGUUUUUCAAUUAUCAAAUUUAAAACCAUUAAAAAUUUUAAACCCUGAUGGUGAUUGUCUUUUUGCUAUAAAUGAAUCCAAAGGCUUAAUUGGAACUUAUGUUGCUGAAGAAGGAGUGCUAGAUGUCUAUGCAUUUGAUGAAAAUCAAGGCAGUCUUUAUGGUCGCAACCCCAAUAUCCAAAUUCUACAAUAUUAUAAUAAUUCAGCACCAGAUAUUAAAUAUUUUUUUUUCAUAAAAAACACUGAAGAAUUAUGUUUUGUGGAAACUAAUGGUAGAGCAAAAAUUUAUAAUCUUAUAACUGGUCAAUUUCGUCCUGCAACACUACAAUUUCCUCCAGAUUCUACAAAUAUUUCAAGCACACCUGAUGGUUCUUGUAUUGUAGUAUUUGUGAGAGAAAAAUCAACAACAUCUAAUGAUGAUGAAAAUGAUUAUUUAAUUCCAAAUGAUGUAUUUAAAGCCUAUGUUUAUUUUUGUUCAAAUAUGGGAAACACUGCUAAUAAGGUUGUUGAGCUACCUUCAAAUAUGAAUUCAUUAGAAUUUUCAUCUAUAAAUGGUCAUCAAAUGCAUCUUACAGCAAUUGAUAUAGAAAAUAAUUUAUUUCAUUCAUUAAUUACACAAAUCACCCUUCAAAAAAACCAAUACCAAUUUCAGCAGUGUAAUCAAAAAAAACCAAAUGGUCAAGUCAAGUUGCUGAGAAUUUUCACUGAUUUUAACAAUAACAAGUAUUCAAGUUUAAAAGGAAAAAACACUAGUUUUAAACACACAGUACAAAAAGGAGAAUACAUUGUUAUUAAGGAAGAAAAAUUAAGUGUUGUUGAUAUAAUUUCAAAUACUGAAUUGAAAGUUGUAGGUGUAUUCCAGACCUUAUCACUUGAUGAUGAUACAUGGGUUGAUUUUCAAAUUGAGCCCAAGACAAAACUUAAUGGUUUUAUAGAUGCAUAUAAACUAAUGUUUGAAAAAUAUCCAAUUGAAAGUUGCAUUGAUCCUAAGCAAAACCAACCACUUAAUUUAAAAAUUGUCCUUGAUAUAAAUGAUAAUUCUAAAGAUGAAAAUUAUGAUAGAAAGUUUGUAAAAUAUGUUACUAGUAUGUUCAAUGAAUUAAAGAAAACUAAAAAACCUGCAUCUAUUUUAAAGCAUUUUAAAACUACUGUUGCAACAUUUUCAGAACUAGACAUCGAAGAAAAUAAUUUUAUAUCAAAACAUUCAAAUAAAUAUCAGCUAGGAGAUUUUGUAAUUCAGCUUUCAUGUUUGAUACCAAUUCAAAUAGCAGUUGUUAAAAAUAAUCAAUUUCAACCACUUUGUGAUGGUUUAUCUUCAAAUGAUCAUGAUAUAGAUUUUGAUGCUGAAUAUGGAUGUCAUUUUAAUGGUAUUGCAGAAAAUAUUUCUCUUGGGUGGUAUGAAAAUAUUUUUAAACAUUUUGGUGAUCGACAAGUUAAAGUUGUUUCAAGUAUGGGUGAACAAUCAUGUGGAAAAUCAUAUAUGUUGAAUCACCUUGUUGGAACAACAUUUGAUUGUUCUGGAGAGAAAUCCACUAAGGGAGUGUGGAUGUCUUUAGCUAUAACUAAGAAAAGUAUUUAUGUUGCACUUGAUUUUGAAUGUUUAAAGUCUUUGGAAAGAACACCACAAGAAGACUUAUUUUUAACUUUGUUCAACACAAUGGUUUCAAAUUUGAUACUUUUUAAGAGCCAAUUUGCCAUUAGUAGAGACAUGUCAGAAAUAUUUCAAAGACUUCAAGAUGGUGCAACUCUUUUUAAAUCUUACUCAAACAUUUUUCAAGCAAAACUUUGUAUCAUAAUUAAAGAUGUUCAUGAAAAUGAUCGAAAAGGAAUUGUUGAUGAGUUUUGUUUCAAAUUUGAUGACUUACUUAGAGAUCAAGGAGAAGAUAAUUUUAUUACCAGAAUGUAUAAAGGUGGAUUAACUAUUUUUCCAUGGCCAUUAUUUAAUGAUCCCGCUUGGUUCAAUACUUUGAAAACUGUCAAAAAAACAUUGGAUAAUCAAAAAGCAAAAUAUGAAAAUGCACAAUCAUUUUUGCAACACAUCAAAGUCAUCAUGGCCAAAUUAAAAAUUUGUGAGUGGGGAUCUUUGGAUGAAAAUCUUGUUCAAAUAC